GUCCAAGACAUCGACAGAGGUUUUUGUGCGAGGUUCGGGUCGAUGGCUACAACUAUGUCGGCUUUGGAAAUUCCACCAACAAGAAGGCCGCCCAAAGCAACGCCACGAAGGAUUUUGUUUCUUUUUUGGUACGGCAAGGACUUGUGAACAAGAAUGAAGUCCCUGUGGAUAGUGACGCUGCCCCUACAGCCGCCAUUCACCAUGGACUUCAGGGAACCAUGGACAGUGGGCCCCAGCAUUCAGUUUUCGGUCAGGGCAUGGGUCCUUCUUGUUUCGGAGAGGCAUAUCGUCCCCGAGGCAGAGAAGAUGGCAACUGGCACUAUAUGGACAGGGCCCAAGAACAAAAAAAGAUCGAGGAAGCUGAAGAUUUGUAUGUUAAUGCGCAAAUUCACGGCAACUGGACUGUGGAAAAUGCCAAGUCGAAGUUGCACCAGUAUAUGCAAUCUAACAAAAUUCAUGCCGAUUAUAAGUACACGCAAGUUGGUCCCGAUCAUUCCAGGACUUUCAUCGCGGAGAUUAAGUUCUUCGUCAAACAGUUAGGCCGAACCAUUUACGGCCGUGACAGCGGCUCUGACAAACAGUCGGCGAGCAAGAGCUGCGCCUUGUCGGUGGUGAGGCAGCUGUUCCAUCUUGGGGUUAUCGAGGCUUUUUCAGGCAUGUUGAAGAAGGAGAAAUCGGCCCCGGAAAUGCCCCCGUUCAAGGUCAAAAUUUCCCCGCUACUAAUCACCCAAGUCGAAGAGUGUUUGCAAGAGUUGAACAUCACGCCCACCCCGGUGACUUCCGAACAACCCGACCAGGUGGUGUCGCUCCUGAGCAGCCACUUACUGGACGACUUCCACCCCGCCAAACCGACGAAGGCCUGCGUCGUGCCGUGGUCCCCGCCCCAGACCAACUGUAAUUGCUGGACGGGCUGUUACAUCGACGAGGGGUACCUCGCCACCGCGACGGAGGAUAUGAGCGAGAAGAUGCUCACCGAGGCUAAGGAGAGGUUGAAAUGGAAUCCCGACGUAAAGAAGAACAUGGCGGAAAGGGAGAAACUGCCCGUUUACAGCAUGAAGGGAACCAUUAUGGAGGCCAUUAACGAGCAUCCUGUUAUUAUUAUCAGGGGAGACAGCGGUUGCGGUAAGACGACCCAAGUCUGCCAGUUCAUCUUGGAAGACUACGUCAUGUCCGGCCAGGGCGCCUGGUGCAACAUCGCCGUGACCCAACCGAGUUGCAUCGCGGCCAUGUCUGUCUCCGAACGUGUAGCCAACGAAAGGUGUGAGGAGCUCGGACAGAGCAUCGGCUACUCGGUGCGUUUCGAGUCGAUGCUGCCCAAACCAUACGGUUCCAUCAUGUUCUGCACGGUGGGCGUUCUUGUGAAGAAGCUGGAAAACGGGCUGAAGGGAGUGAGCCACGUGAUCGUAGACGAGAUCCACGAGCGAGACGUCAACAGCGACUUCAUCAUGGUCGUUCUGAGAGACAUGAUCCACACCUAUCCGGAUCUCAGGGUCAUACUUAUGUCCACCACGAUCAACACCACCCUUUUCUCCAAGUACUUCAAUAAUUGUCCGGUUAUCGAGAUUCCCGGCAGGGCUUUUCCCGUGCAGCAGUACUUCCUGGAGGACGCCAUCGAACUGACGAAGUUUGUUCCUUCGACCUAUACCAGGAGACGUAAGAGUAAGAGCAAGGACGACGAGGGCAACAGUGGUGAUGAGGGCGACGAAAAUCUAAAUAAGGUUGUGACAGGAUAUUACACCGAAGUGACGAGGAACGUCAUGGCCUGGAUGAAUGAAAAAGAGGUGAGCUUUGAGCUCUUGGAAGCCCUGCUGCAUUACAUUAAGGGUCUGGGGAUACCGGGCGCGGUGCUCGUGUUUCUUCCCGGUUGGAAUGUCAUCUUCGCCAUGAUGAAGCACCUGCAGCAGCAUCUCGUGUUCGGCAGCACCUCAUACUGCAUCCUGCCGUUGCACUCUCGGAUCCCCAGGAAAGACCAGCGGAGGGUCUUCCAGUCAGUCCCGGACCACGUCACCAAAGUGAUCUUGGCGACAAACAUUGCGGAAUCGUCCAUCACGAUUAACGACGUUGUGUUCGUCAUCGACAGCUGCAAGGCCAAGAUGAAGAUGUUCACGUCGCACAACAACAUGACCAGCUACGCCACCGUCUGGGCCUCCAAGACCAACCUGGAGCAGAGGAAGGGACGGGCGGGUCGCGUCCGUUCCGGCUUCUGCUUCCACCUGUGCUCCAAGGCGAGAUUUGACAAGCUGGAGGAGCGCAUGAUGCCGGAGAUGUUCCGGAUGCCCCUGCACGAGCUCGCCCUCAGCAUCAAACUGCUGCGGCUCGGCUCCAUUGGGCACUUCCUCAGCAAGGCGAUCGAACCGCCGCCGUUGGACGCCGUCAUCGAGGCAGAGGUGCUGUUGAGGGAGAUGAAAUGUCUGGAUCAGAACGACGAGCUGACGCCAUUGGGCAGGAUCAUAGCCAAGCUGCCGAUCGAACCCAGGAUGAGCAAGAUGAUGGUGCUGGGGUGUAUAUUCAUGUGUGGCGGCCCCCUCGCCACCAUGGCCGCUAAUUCUUCAACGUUUCCGGAGAUUUUCACCUUGGAUAUCGCACAGAGGAGGCUCAGCCACCACCAGAAGGCGCUGGCUGGGAACAGGCAUUCCGACCACUUGGCCAUGCUGAUGGCGUUUCAGUUGUGGGACCAGGCGAGGCAGGGUGGCGAGGAUGCCGAACUCCGUUUCUGCGACUUCAAGGGCAUCAGCAUGCCCGCCAUGAGGGUGACGUGGGAGGCCACGCACCAGCUGCAACAGAUCUUGAACAACGUCGGCUUCCCGAAGGAAACCCUGGCCCCCAUUCCCAUGGAAACGGUCUGGCCCGAUCCCAGACUGGACGUGGUCAUGUCCCUCAUGUGCUACGGCCUGUACCCCAACGUGUGCUACCACAAAGAGAAGAGAAAAGUGUUGACGACGGAAAGCAAAGCCGCCCACAUCCAGAAGACCUCGGUGAAUUGCAGCAACCAGGACCAGGGCUUCCCCUACCCGUUCUUUGUGUUUGGCGAGAAGAUCCGCAGCCGGUCCGUGUCUUGCAAGCAGAUGACCAUGGUGACGCCGCUACACCUCCUUCUGUUCGGUUCGAGGAAGGUGGAUUGGGUGGACGGCGUCGUCCGGUUGGAUAACUGGAUAAAUUUGAAUAUGGACCCGGAGGUGGCGUCGAUGAUCGUUGCCUUGAGGCCGGCACUCGAGAGCCUCAUCAUCAGGACGUCCCAGGAGCCCGAGCGGAUCUUGGAGAUGGGACCGACGGACUUGAAAGUGGUAUCGACGAUAAAGGAGCUCUGCAAGUUGCACGCGGGCAGUUUCGGGCUCCAGAGGGCGAAGGGUAGCUUGCUGGCUUCCAAAAGGCCGUCCAGGGGGCACAACACCGGCGGCUACAACAGUGGUUAUGGCGGGGGUAACAGCGGAGGCAGGUAUAACAAUGGAGGUGGAUAUAGUAACGGAAGAUUUGGUGGAGGAAGGGACAAAUUGCGACAAUUUAUUACAAGGAGCAAAUGGGAUUUUGAUAGUCUUGAGAAUCUCAGUACUGAUGAAUUCAGUACUCUAGUUACGGAAAUACCUUCUGAUGUCGAAUUAAACGCCAGCGAUUAUGUAUCUGAUGAUGACGAAGAGCAAAGUGUCCUAACACUAACUAACCCUAAUGAGGAAAUUCCAGAACAGAAUAAGGUAGUACAUGAUAACGAAGAGUCAUCCCUUGAAAGCAAUGAAAGUAGUUCUUCUAAUAAUAAUACUGAAGUUUUUGAUGCAGGAAUUCUGGAUGAAGAAAAUAUUCCUUUGAUAAGUUUUGUACCAGAUGUAAAAGAGAAAAUCAUUUGGCGGCGUAAUUUUGCUCCUGCUGCUGUUCUACAUUUUGCAGAGGAAUAUGGGCCUAUUUCUGAGUGUGAAAUACCGUUAGAAAUAUUUACACAGCUAUUUACAGACAAUUUGUUUAAACACUUAGUAUUUCAAACAAACCUCUAUGCCACGAAAUCCAGCAAAACAUACUUACCGACCACUAAAGAAGAAAUUAAGGCAAUCCAACAAAACAUACUUACCGACGACUAA